UCGUUUGCCGUCGUCCCCGUUUUUCUUGCGUGAUUUUGCUCUCGCUGUCCCGGCCUUGAUGGCUUCCCCAAGAUACCCGUAGCCGAGCGAUAUCGCAUACGUGUACCACCUCUUCGACUUCGAAGCGUCUGAUAGACGACACAACCGAGCUGACCGCCGGCGAUGAGCGCACCUCCUCCGCCUCCGCCUCAUGGCGGAGUGCCAAGGGGCUCCGGGUUACCACCCGGAAAGUACGACAUCUUCGUCAUCCCCGAACACUCGUCCGGUGGCGGAUUCCUCUACCUGCCGUCGUUGAAACCCAAUGUCAACAGCUUUGCCGCUGGCUUUGCCUCGGCUCUCAUUCUCGUCGUCAUGUUCCAGACCAUGGCUCCCGCCUUCCGGGCUUGGUGGGACAACUUCCAAGGUUUGGGCAACAUGGCCAUAUCCAUGCUCAUCAUCGGCGUGGGUUUCGGUGCCUGGAGCCUGGGAAGGAUACAACAGGAUAGACCGGACCCUCGUAGUGGUCGUAACGCCUCCGGCGGCCACGGUAGUGAAGGAGGCUUUGGAGGAACGAGCCAAAGGUCGGCACCCAACACCGGUGCCCCCCCUCCUCCUCCUCACGGUAGCAAUGGACCACCUCCACCGCCGCCACAUAGCGAACCACCCCCUCGACCCCCCCCACAACAAGAAGGACCCAAGACGUCAUGGCAAGGUCCCCCUCCCCAACAACGUCCACAACCACAACCUUCACCACCACCACCUCCUCAACCACCGGAGCCCGAACCUGAACGAGAGCCUCAGCCUCCGCCUCGACCAUCACCCCAAGCUCGACCUCCGCCGCCUCAAACUCCUCCUCAAACUCCUCCACCGAAGCCUCGCCAACGGGAACCGUCACCCCCGCCGCCACCAUCUCCAAAGCCAGCGCCCACUCCUAAACAAAAGGGUUCUUGGGAGAAGGCCCGGGAGGAAUUGAGGAAAAAGGAAGAGGAACGUAAAAUAAAGGAGGCAGAGCAAAAGCGGCGAGAGGAGGCUAUACGACGGUUGGCCGAACUGAGAGCCAAGGACGCCAAGGAACGUCUAGAGAGAGAAAAAGAGCGAGAACGGCGAGAAAGAGAAGCCAAGGACCGUAAGGAGCGUCUGGAUGCUGAACAACGCGCCAAGGAUCUCGCCGAGAAGCUGGAACAUGAGCGCAAAGAGAGAGAACGAUUUGAAAAGGAGGCAAAGGAGAUCCGAGAACGUGAAGCUCAGAGACAGAAGGAGGUGCAAGAACAAGAAGAGAAAAAGAGAAAAGAGGUUCGAGAGCGAGAAGAGAGGAGAAGGAAGUUUGCAGCUGAGCGGGAAGCGCAGAGGAAGCGGGAAGCCGACGAAGCUCAUAAGCGUGAAGAGUUGAGGAAGCAGAAAGAAAGGCAGCAGGAAUUGGAGAAACAAAGAGAGAGAGAGAAAGCAGAGAGAGAAAAGGCCGAGAAGGAAAGGGCUGAGAAGGCCGAAAAGGAAAGAGUCGAAAAGGAAAGAGCUGAGAAGGAACGAAUUGAAAGAGAACGCGCUGAAAGGGAACGGGCCGAAAAGGAACGAGCUGAAAAGGAAAAGGAAUCCCAUUCGCCUCGCACAGGAACCUAUGCGUUCUCUGGUGUCGGCGAGAGGAUCAGCAUGUGGCCCAACGGCCGGCCACCAGCUCCUGCUCAAUCGACAACAUCGUCUUCGUCGACUCCGAAAAAGGCUCCUCCCAGCACAGCUGCCCCAUCACCGGCCUCCAAGAAACCUCCUCCUAGCACUGCUGCACCUUCUCCAUCCGCAAAGAAGGCUACUCCUCCGCCCAGUAGUGCUAGGUCUGGCGUCAGCACGGAAAACUCCUAUCGACCGUACGACAAGGCCAAGAAACCGCAACACAAGAAGUCGGCUUCUUCCUUGGGAUCCGAGUCCUCGUUCGCGCCAUCUCACAGUACUGCCCGGACAACACCCCCACCCUCUGCGCGAGGUGGCCCUUAUACUACCACCGACCCUGACAAGAUUGUCAUCUCUGCUGUGUAUCUUUUCAUGAACCAAUACGCCAAGACGCCCGCCAGCCAGCUCAUCUCGGGAGUCGGCACCGUCACCGAUGGCCUCAUCCUCCGCAUCACGACCGAGGGCCUCUUCAUCGAUGACGAUGUCCGAAGUGUACCACAACGAGAGUGGGAUGUCAAGGCUUGGACCUUGAAACAAGUUGAGGUAUGUCCGCCGCACUGUUUGAACCCGUCGUCGAAUGAUGCUAACCAGUAUGACCAGACCGGCGAAUGGAAAACCAAGGGCUUGAACUUGCUUCGUGCCACGAUCCGCGACCAAGAAGGCAAACGGUACGUGUUUGUCAUCGAUGAGUCAGAAAGCUGGAAGGUAGCCGCCGGUCUGCAACGCCUUCGAAAGGGAAGCCAAGUUCGCCAAAUGACUGUCAGCAACAUGACAGCCGCCGAGGCUCGUGGCGCCCUCGAGAUGCUAGGCUGGGCUAGCUGAGAGGUCCCCCUGUGGGGGGCCAUUCGAUUCGGUACAUAGGUUUUGGGUCAGAAG